AUGAUUAAAAGUUUUGGAGAUAAAGAAACCGAAAGAUUAUUUAAAAAAGAGUUUGUGGCUAAAUUUCAGAAAAUAGCCAAAGUGACCUACCGAAAAUUAAAAAUGCUGAAUAAUGCUGAAAGAUUAGAGGAUUUAGAUUUUCCCAGUAAUCGUUUCCGAAAAAUGUUAGGAGAAAUAUUAAGGGAGGAAUUAUUAAUCCCUUUAAAUAUCAGUGGGGAAAAAUUGGCCCAAGAAUUAAAAGUAGAUAAAAAAAUAGUGGAGGAGAUUAUUGGUGAAAAAAGAAAUAUUACUCCUGAUAUUGCUUUAAGAUUAAGUUGUUAUUUCCCUCAAUCAGCCCAGUUUUGA